AUGCCGCCACCGCUCAACUACGAUGGUUCGCAGCUCAUCAAGUUGACGGAUUCAACAAUCAUUGACGACGCCGUUGCCGCAAAAGACAACAGGAGCCGCACUUCUCCUGCUGCAAGCCGGUUCAACUACCAGUCGCUCAACUGGUCGAACGAGUGCCACGGUGCCGUUCUUCGCGCCAAGGAACUGCCUGCCUCGUACCUGCUCAACAACGUCAAGCCAAACAUGGUCCACGCUGUCACGGCCGACUCCAUCGACUCCUUCGGAAGACAUCGAGCAGCAUCUUUGCGUCGACAUCCACGUGAAACCUGCAAGCAGACAUGCCGACAACGCCACGGGUUCAACAACGCAAAGAAGAUCAACACGUGCAAAAGAACACUGCGAUCGCUGAGACGACGACGCCGCCGCAGACGUCGCCCACCAGACGACUACGACUUUGUUCAAGCCGUGCCCAGGACGCUCAACACGUCAACUUCACGCUCCUGA